UCGUCACUUCCUGCGGUGCGGCUGAUUGGUGCAUACGGUACGGUUUUACCGAGGGUUCCAUACUUGUUAUCCAGAAGGAUGUCGGAGGACCAUGCUGGGACUGUAUGCAGUGAUGAUACAAUGACCGUACAAGACGUGAACGGACAGCCGACUCAAGUUCUGACGUACGGGAGCGUAGAAGAAGACGCAGAUCACAUCGUCUUCAUUCCCGGCGUGCCUGGCGUGAUUGGCUUAUAUUCGCGAUUUUUGGAAUCACUAACAGCUUGCACAGACGGCAAAUUCCGUAUCCAUGCUCUGUCACAUCCGGGACAAGACCCAUCCGGCCUGACCCCGCAGCAGAGGGGCGCUGUGCUGAGCGUUGAAGAACAAAUCGAACACAAAAUUGCCUUUAUUAAAACUGUCGUGCCUAAUGGAUCAAAGUUGAUACUGAUCGGUCAUUCUCUUGGUUGUUACAUGGUAUUGCAGAUGUUGAAGAGAGAAGUUCUCGUCAACUUCGAGAUUGUUAAAGUUGGGUUCAUAUGCCCUGUAAUAGCUCGAAUGCGUGAAUCAAGAAAUGGCAGUGCGAUUGCGAGUCUUGAAGCAGAUCAUCCAAUCCUUGGCAAACUAGCUAGUGGACUCCUACGAGUCUUCUCUGCUCUUCCAAGGUUUUGUCUCAAGCGAGUUCUAAACAGUUAUUAUGUGAAUGCCUUUGGAGCUCCCGAUGGAUAUCGAAGAGAUCUUGUAAUGAAAACUCUUGAGUUUGCAAAGUGUCAUCCAUGCUUAGCCAGUGCUUCUGCGAUUGGAGUUGAUGCAGUUGCGGUUGUCGAUGACAUGGAUGUUGAUACCCUUUUGAAGCUAAAGGACAGACUCUCGAUCUGGUACACACAACGGGAUGAUUAUGUUCCUAAAGGAAUGUAUGAGGAGUUGUCGAAAGAAUAUCCAGAAUUGAAUAUCCAUGAAGUUGAUUUUCAACAUGCUUUCAAUGUGCACGCUGCUGAUGAAAUGGCUGAAAGUUUGUCUGUCUGGAUAAAGUCUACUGCUGUUGACAGUGUAGCUCAUGAGAGUAUGCAGUAGGAACAGUGUGUUAAUUCAUUCGAUAAGAAUUGGUCUAUUGUAUCCAAUUAUGCAAGUACAAUAGAAGUAAAAGGAAUUUAGAUAGUGGUUUGUUGCUUUUUGUGGUUGAUAGAGUAUGUUUGAGUAUUCCUUAUGUUAUCCACAUAUAGUGUUUGAGAAUGUAAUUCAAAGUUAUGUGUAUCAAACAGGUGUGCUGUUGUUCACACUAAUUAGUGAACCAGAUCAUUCUUUGAGCAUGAAAGUGAGGACU